UGCUGGUUUAGGUAAAUCUCCUUAUUUGUUUUUUUUUUGUAUGGCACUCAUUAUCUAGAUUUGAGAUUCGCCAGUGAUUUUAUUAAAACACCACAGGAUAUACUUGCAUUAAAUCAAUUAAUGCACGAGUCCAUUGAUAGGUUGGCUCGUUUGCCAUUGGUUACGGUUGCUGUGGUAACGGGAGGGGCAAUCGGAGGUGGAUCAGAAUUACUUGUAGGGUUUGAUUUUGUCUGUAUGUCAAAGCAGACUGGAUUUGUUCAUUUUGUACAGACUAGAAUGGGUGUAAGUUCACCAUGGGGUGGAAUGCGUAGACUACUUCAGAUUGUAGGAAGAAAAAAGGCAUUGCAAUGGAUGGCAGGUGGAUACCGUUUAGAAGCGAAUGCAUGCUUUGAAGCAGGUCUCGUAGACAUAUUGGCAGAAACAGAUCAAACAAGCCUAGCUCAAACAUUGUUGUUUCUAAAACCAUUCUUGAUAAAUUCAAACAGAAAAGUAUCCUAUGAAGCUGUGCGCGGUAUGAAAAAACUAGUGACAAGACAAGAUAAAACCAAUGAUUGGCACUAUGAAAACGACGUAUUUUCAAGUACAGUUUUCUCUAAGCUUUAGUCUCCUAUUUUUUUUUCUCUUCUUUCCGCC